AUGGUACAAACAGACUCAGUGCCCCCAAAGCCUUUCAGGGCCAUCAUUAUCGGAGCUGGCUUUGCAGGCCUUGCACUUUCACACGCUUUCCAACUGGCAAAUAUCGAUCACAUCGUCCUUGAGAAGCACCACGAGAUCGUUUCUGUACGAGGGGCCGCAGUAGUCAUCUGGCACGGCGUAGCACGCAUAUUUGAUCAGUUUGGCUUUCUUGACAAGAUCCACAAGUCCAUAUCGCCAGUGCAGAGACAAUUCACCCGUUGGCCUGACGGUAGUGUACAUCAAAGUGGAACAUCGGUGCGGGAGCUAGAUGAAAUGUUCCAGACAGAAAUGAUCGUGACGAACCGCGGACAAUGUGUUUCCCACUUGUACGAAAAUCUCCCAGACAAAUCCAGAGUUCACGGAGGCCGCAAACUCGACUACAUUGAACAUACAGCAAACGGCGUUCGUGUCCAUUUCGCCGAUGGGUCAUUCGAAGAGGGAGAUAUCGUGAUCGGAGCAGACGGUGUUCAUAGCCAUGUCAGAUCAGAAAUGUGGAACUACGCCAGCAAAUUCGAUCAAACAGCCAUACCGGACUCCGACAAGUCAGCACUCUUCACACAAUACCGCGCCUUCUUUGUCACUGCGCCCCAAAAAGAGAGUUUUGGUCUGAGUGCAGCAGACUUCAACCACAUCUUCGGUCAAGACGUCACAAAACUGCUCUUUACACAAAGCGGAAAGGCCUACUGUACCAUCAUCUUCAAAGGCGAAUUUAGCCAACCGCCUAAGAAAAACUUGGUCACCCAGGAGAUAAUAGAUGGCCUGGCCCAACGGUUUGCGAAACACCAGCUUACUGAGACCCUCACGUUCGGGGAUCUAUGGGAGAACAAAGAGUCUCACGGAUUAUUGAACAUAGAAGAGGGUAUUUUGCAGAAGUGGCACGCGGGACGAAUGGUGCUCGUUGGUGAUUCCGCGUGGAAGAUGACAUCAGAACUCGGCGCCGGCGCAAACAUGGCCAUCGAAUCAGCCGUUUCCCUAGCCAACAUCCUCCACCGAAACCUCAAAGAUGAUCGCAACCGCCACUUCACCCAAUCCGAGCUCUCCGCCCUCUUCACCGAAUACCAAAACGACCGCUUUGACCGAGUAAAGGACCAUGUCGAUCGUUCAGGCCAGGCGACAAGAGCCUUUACCUACCAGUCGCUCAUCUCGAGGUUCAUGGUCGGCUAUGUGGGCCCCUGGAUGCACAAGUCGCAGGUGAAGCAACUCGCCGAGUCUCUAACCCAGGCACCCAAGCUGGACUAUGUGCCUUUGAGGACGCUGAACGAGGAUGCGGAGGGGUGGAAGUUAGUGAACAAGAUUGAGAAGAAGAGUGCCGAGAUACCGGUAGGUGGCUGGUUGAAGUCUGGUAAAUUGGCUGUGGGAGAUGCUGCUUCUCCAGUACUCUCCUGGUGUCCAGCCUGUACGUCCGACCCUGUCUCACAAAACAUACAUGGUCUGUACAGAGGUCAGAUGCAGUGGGGCUCAUGGUAUGGGGCCAAGAGUGGCUGGGUACAUGGGUGGAGGGGCGGGUAA